CUUAGUUACGCAAGUGGAGAAGGCGGAAGUGUCUGAGAAUGGGCAUCCUGCGGGCACAGUGACCUCCUAAUGCCAUUAAUUAACCUUUAGAGUGGAUAGACGGGGAUGGUCACAUGACUCCUGUGUGUGCCAGUGUGUGAGAGGCCGGCCGCCCUGUGAGCUCAGUCAUUAUGGCUGUUAAGAUCUUCUUCCCCACCGCAUGUUCAGCAGCAGAGAACGGUCUUCUGAUUGGACGCUGGCUGGCAGAGCACAGGUCUGCUGUAGUAUUGGCCACGCUGCAUUUUCCUUUCAUCCCAGCUAAUGUGAAGAGCUAUCUGAGCCAGAUAGAGAAGAUGACCGGACUGAGCCUCUCCGUUCUAGGGACCUGGAGCCAUGCCAGGAAGGACAAAGAUGACAAGAUGGACAAUUUUCUGGGAGAGCUGGGCAGUAUCUUCAGUCACCAGCCAUGGCUGCGGAUCUCCCGGGAGUCUUCAAGCAAGUUCUGGGAUUGUAGGGUAGAGAGGAUGGAGGGCGAAGGGUCAGAGGACGUGGUCUUGACGUACUAUGACCAGAGGAAGCUGAUGCUGUCCGAGUUACACUCUGCAUCUGAAUAUUCGGAGAUCGCUUCUGUGUUUGAGACAGUGGCCAAGAACCAGCCACUCUUCGCCAAGGACAAGUAUGAUGGGGUGCUGGUGAACCUAACACACUGGCAGUCUGAAGGGGUGGAGGCCAGUAUUAUUGUGGAACUGUGCAAGCAGUCGUCUGUGCCAUUGUGUGCUGUCAUCUCAUUUUUUGCCUCGCUGAUCACCAGCAUAUGUAAUCUCAGGGUUCUUAGUGGGAAGCCGCUUUCCUUCCUGUGGAACAAGAUGUCUACUUGUGAACAGUUGGGGAGACGUCUAGAGAACCUUCGACUGAUCAGCAGCUCAGAGAAAGCACCUGACCAUGUGACUUUCAUGAGAAAGGCCAACAUUGUCAUGUCACUAUUACUAGAUGUGACUAUGGGCAUUCUAUUGAUGUCCUGGCUGUACCAGGGAGAUCAUAUAGGUCAGAUGGCUGAUGCUCUCAUCCCUGUCGCUGACCGAAUAGCUUUGGAGCUCCAGGAGCUGCUGCAGUGGCUGAUGGGAGCUCCCGCUGGGUUGAAGAUGAACCGGGCCUUGGACGAGGUGCUGGGAAGAUUCUUUAUGUAUCACAUCCACCUGUGGAUAAGUUACAUCCGCCUGAUGUCUCCCUUCAUUGAAGUGAUUCUCUGGUAUAUCGGCUUGUCUGCCUGUCUGGGUCUGACAGUAGCUCUGUCCAUCCUUUCCGACAUUAUUGCCCUCCUGACCUUCCACAUUUACUGCUUCUACGUAUACGGGGCCAGAUUAUACUGCUUCAAGAUGCACGGGCUUUCGUCGCUUUGGCGGCUGUUUCGUGGCAAGAAGUGGAAUGUCCUGCGUCAGCGAGUGGACUCCUGCUCUUAUGACUUGGAUCAGCUGUUUCUCGGGACAUUGCUAUUCACAAUCCUGCUCUUCCUCCUACCAACUACUGCUCUGUAUUACCUGGUCUUCACCCUGCUUCGUCUGCUCGUAAUAAUGGUACAAGGUGUCAUCCAGAUGACUAUAAACCUGCUCAGCUCCCUCCCUUUCUUCGCACUGCUAUUGCGCCUCUGCCGUUCUUACCGACUGGCAGCUGGUGUAAAAUUCCAGAUGCUGGAGCAACAGACAGGGAAGCCACUUCGAUUGUUGAUGGAGAUUAACCCGCUACCCUAUGGGCAAGUGCUUGACACCUACAGGCUCCCAUCCAGCAGAUGUUACCCCAAAGACUCGUGGGGAUCUUUGUGCAAGAAGCUUUUCAUUGGGGAGGUCAUCUACCCCUGGAAGCAGAAGGAAGAGAAACAAGACUGAGAGAGCACAGACAGCGAUUGUUACACAAAGGACACUGCCACCGGUCAUCACUCACAGGCUGUGGGGAGUUUUGAUAAGGUUCUCUAGGAAACUGUUAAAUUCUUUUCAAUCUUGUUCAG